AUGGAAUUACCGGUAGACGGCAGAAUCCGUGUCUGUCGACGCCCUCAGUCCUUCUUUGGUGGUCGGACAAUCAAUGUGCGCGUCUGGCUGACAGCAAGGGCCAAAGUGGUGCUAAUAAUGCGACUUACAGUACGGCUGACAGAACAGCGAAAAAGUGUAAGAACAGCAACCCUACAACCGCCUGGUGGGAUGGGAAGUUCAGCCCUCCUUCCACUGUUGCUCUUUUUUUACCUCAUAUCCGUGACUGGUGUAAAUUGUCAGUACUCUGAACCGCAGAACGAUGGAGCGGCCUCGGAUAAGUUCAGCCUGCUGGAAUCCGCACUGUCGGUUCCGCGCCUUCAAGUCGUCCGGGGGCUGCACGCACCCCUGCUGAAGAGCCACCUGCCUAUUAUGAACCGUGUUUUGAAGGGCCACGUCUGUCGAAUUGAAGUGGAGGAGUAUGCACCUCUCUUCUCUGUUGUCGGCCAUUUGGAGCCAAAGGUAAGUCUGGAAAAAAACUUGCCUACCAGAUUCUCCUUCUUUUCGCUAACGGAUACAUCUUCGUAAAUCUGGACUGUUUGUAUAAACCCGGUGCAGGUUUAACUCGCAUUAGAUGCACAAGGGAGGCGGAGAUGGUGAAGACGGCAUAGGGUGGUUGGGAUCACCAUGCUAAACGACCCAGUUUACGACUACGGGUCAGCUAAUGCUUCAAACCGUUAGAACGCGUUUAAAGUCAUGGCCUAGUAUUUUCAAAAAAUUAUAUUUCUGGCCCUUAAUGCAUCGAGAAAAUAUGGUUUUGGUAAGCCAUCGGUUCGGUUUUGGCGACUCCGAACGUCCUUGAUGGUUUCAUUUGAAAUUCCUCUGUUGAUGGAGUCGAAGUCCCGCAAUUUAUUUUGACUGCAGCACUGGAAUCGCCCGAAUUUUGCGACCCGGUUAGUGCCACAAAUGCGUGUCACCAGAACUCAUUUUAAAUGCUGCCAGUACUAUGGCUUCGGCCUCUUUGCUGAUUCACGGUUUUCCAGAUCAUUUUUUUGAUUUCCUUGAUAUGCAGCCCUCCAAAACUUUUCAUCCAAAUGAUUUUUAAGUAGCCAAUUUGUGUUUUUGACAGAUUUCAACAUUAAAUUUGACCCACUUGUGAAGAAAUCGACGUCUAGUCGGGAUUCGAACUAAUGACAACAGUAGCAAGACCUGAAUGCGGCCAGCACCAUCACCGCCUGAGUUACGAGGCUCCGACCAGCAGCAGAGCGAUUAAUUACAUUUGGGUCAAGUUUUCCGGCGAAACUACUUCAUUGUGAGGAAUACGCCAUUUGUAAUAAAAUAAACUGAAUGCAUAAGAGAGACUUUCUAAGCAGUCGGAUUUGAGAAGGUCCUUUGACAACAAACAGGCAGCCGUUUCGCCUGUUACCAGAAAAAAUAUGGAAGCACGUACAGUAGGUGGGCUUACUCAUGAAAUGUCAACCGAAAUUCCAAAAUUCGUUUUUGUUUUGAAAAGAUUAAUGAAGUCGGAUUGUAAAACAGGUCAUCAUGCAGCGUCAUUCUAUAAUAAUUUGGUUACCUCAGGAUGUCGGCUAUCAAAAUAACUUCUUUACGGCUGCGUGCAAAAACUGCGCUCCGUAAAAAAACGACCACUUACGUAGCGCGCCUUUUUCUGUUUGAUUUUCGAUGCUCUUAAAAAUUCAAUUAUAUUUCAAAGAAAACAUGCAUAAAAAUAUUCAUUCUUCUGCUUAUUCGGUAGAAAAUUACGUCUUCUUUCAACGUUAUGCUCGAACAAAGGGUAUAAUUUGGUUUUCAAAAGUUUUUUUCCGAGUAAUUUUGAACCCUAUCUGCCGUUACACUUGCAUUCAGGGUUUGCGAUCUACAGGCCGCAUAUUUUCUGCGUACGGAAAACCAAACAUUUCUUUGCGGUAUUAAGAGGAACCCGUAUGGGGUUCUUAUAAUGUAGCAUUAGAUUUGAGCCAUAUUGCUAACUUCACAAGUCGCAUUCGUAAAUGCAGAGACAUGGCGUUUCGUGAACGGCCACUUCACGGUAUUAAAAAUCUCACAAUUUUAAACUUUUUUAAAACCAAAUUAUAUUCUUCCUUCGAGUAUAAAAUUAGAAAACGUAAUUUUCUACCGAAUACGCAGAAGAAUUAAUAUUUUUAUGCAUGCUUUUUAUGGAACAUAAUUGAAUUUUCAAGGGCAUCGAAAAUCAUUAGGGAAGAUGCACGCUACUUAUGAAGUAUUUUUUACAGAGUGUAGUUCUUGCAUGCAGCCGGAAGAAGUUAUUUCGAUAGCCGGCAUCCUGAGGUAACUAAAUUAUUACAGAUUGACGCUGCAUGAUGAUCUGUUUUACAAUCCUGCUUAAUUAAUCUUUUCGAAACGAAAAUACAUUUCGUAAUUUCGGUUGAAAUUUAAUGAGUUAGCCCAGCUAGUGUAUAACACUAUUUUAUUAAAGUUACCGCCCCAAAAACCAGCAGGUGAUAUGUGCAGUGUGUUUAUGAUUUAUGCAACUUUGGAAGCAUUUCUAUCUAGAUUAUUUCGAAAAUGUCAUAAUUUAAACUACUGGGGGAAUUUCGUGGGUGCGUUUCAAAGACCCUAAACUACAUGGUGUCUGAAAGUUUCUUCUUGGAAUAAACAAAGAAUUUCCCUGUUUAAUUUCCGAGGAAAUUGAUGAACGAACUUUCAGUAAAUCCUUCGGAACAAACCUUUUCAUAUAUGGUCCGAAAAUUUUUAUGAACGUUUGUGCUGAAAUCCAUCAGCUACUACGGAAUAACCGCGCAAUAUUCACAAGCCAUCAACAGGCAAACAGUAAUAUACAAUUAUGUAAUUAUUCACCUUACUGACAACACAGAUACUAGCUACAAAGCUUUUAGCUAGCAUCUGUAUUGUCAGUAUGGCAAAUAAUUGCAAAAAUCUGGACACAUUCGAGGACUAAUUGAAGCAUUAGCUUGCGCACUUCAGUGUAAGUAAGUGAGACUUUCUCCAGCUCAUGGAUUAACUUUCUAAACGGUACAUCAUUGAAGCAAGUCGACAGUCAGAAGGACGUGAGUGUGUAGACUACAUUACACGAAGACGGCCGAGUCGGUAAAUCACCAGGCGAGCAUUUAUUAGGUUUGACAAAGACAUUUUCCCCAGAAUAUUCGCGCAACCGAAUCUAGAAUAUGCCAAAGAGGCAUGCAGACUUUGAAUUUUCAGAGGCUGCAAUUACUUACCAUACUGACAACACAGAUACUAGCUGAAAGCCCAGACACGCGUGUUUCGCCAAACUCUUGCCGCAGCCUGACGCAGCUGCGAGGUGUUCGGCUUGUCAGUGGGUCCCCCCAGCUUUCCCCGUGUCUUUUCUGGUAUAUGAACUCCAGUUCCACCUUGCGUUAUUUAAUUUUUGAAAAAAUUCAUGCGCGAACUUGGGAGUAAAGCCUUCGGAACAGACCUUUACAGGUGCGUUCCGGAAUUCAGUGUAAAUAUUUGAGCUGAAAUCCAUCAGCUACUGCCUCACAGCUGCGUCAGGCAACGUCACAUGAUCAACGAAACACGCGUGUCUAGGCUUUUAACUAGUACCUAUGUUGUCAGUACGGUAAAUAAUUACACAAUUGUAGACAAAAAAUUGAUUUUGGUUGCAUGCGCUAGAACACCACUGUUUGCAGAAAAAACUGAGCCAGAAGAAGGAGAGUUCCUGUUGAGUAACCAUCCAGACGAUUUUUGAAGAGCACAUGCAGCACUACAAUCUUUUGAACGAACAGAUACGCUAGUGACCAAAAUGGAAUUACGUAUUUGAGCAAAUUGAUGCUCUGGACUCACCCCCCGUGCUACAUCGCAAAGCGCUGUCCUUGCUUGCUGUGGUAGAUGUAUGACACCCUGAAGGUCGACCAUAUUCCUUUUCUUGGUGAAGUACACAGACACUGUCUUCUGCCGGGGGGUCACAGAGGCAGCAAAGGCUUUGAAGUACAUGACAAAUACCUGGCGACAUCAGUAUCCACUUGACGUGCGUGCACCAAUUUAACGCGCUUGGGAUUCGGGUCAGUUUAGGGGAUCUGCUGAGAUGGGAAACCGCUGUAGAAGAAAAAUCCAUCAACAGCGGUUAACAUCGACCGAACUUAGCAAAUGGGCUUCCAUCUCCAGGUGAUCAAUAAGGGAAAUUGCAUUCCCAUUGAACACCUAAACGGUGAGACAAGAAAUCUUGCAUAAGAAGUCCAUUUGAAAAAAGCAUCUUCAAACGAGACGAUCUUUGACAAAUGCCUGUUCGUUAGUCAUCGCACUCGACGCAGUCUCAGCUUAAGUCUGGCGACUACAGUAGAUGUGCUAACUCAUGAAAUGUCAGUCGACAUUCUGAAACGCGUUUUCGACUCGUAUAGACUAAUAAAACUGGGUUGCAAUAUUGGUCAUCAUGCAGCAUAAUUCCAUGAAAAUUCAACUUUUCAGGAUGUCAGCUUUUAUAUGAGCUUCUUUUUGGUUGCCUGCAAAAGCUGCACUCUGUACGAAGUGACUGCUCAGGUAACAUAAUUUUUUUCAUUACUUUUCGAUGCCCUUAUAAAUUCAACUAAAUUUCAGGGAAAACUUGCAUAAAAAUGUUCAUUCCCUGACCUACGUAGUAGAGACUUACGUCUUCUGCAAAUAUUUUACUGGAAGGUGGCUAUAAAUUGCUUUCUAAAACGUUUCUUAUUAUGAGAUUUUUCAAGAUCUGAGAUGCCCGUUCAUAAAGCACUAUUUUUCUGCAUUUAAUUAUGUAGCUUGUAAAGUUUACAGUAUGGCUCAAAUCCACUACUAAGUUUUGUAAACACCCUACGAUCUCCUUUUAAAACCGUAGAAAAAUGCAUGGUUUUUCAUACGCGGAAGAUAUAUGGCUUGUAGUUUGGAAACCCAGAAUGCAGAUGUAACGGUAGGUCGGGUUAAAAAUUAUUCGGGAGUAGGAAGAAUUUUUUAAAACCGAAUUACAGCCUACCUUCGAAGGAAAUAUUUGCAGAAGACGUAAUUUUCUACCAAGUAGGUUAGAGAAUGAAUAUUUUUAUGACCUUUUCCCUGAAAUAUAUCUGAAUUUAUAAGGACAUCGAAAAUUAACAAGAAACAUUUAUGCUUCUUGAGUAGUCAUUUAUUACAGAGCAUAUUUUGGCAACGAUCGGGUGAAAGAUCCCAAACACGCGACCAGCCAGAAGUGUAUGUCUUAAGAGGAAGCUGGUAACAAGGGCUUUACAGGCGGCCUAUGUAUGCAUAUUGGAAUGAAGAAUUAGUAUAGAUAAUUGGUGAAUUUGUUUUUAGAUCGGAAAAGUUUGAAUGCAUUGACGUAUAGCAACCGAAAUUAAGCAGUACGAUUAAAAAAAUAAACAUUAAGUGUCUACAACAGGGGGACGAAAAGAAGCUCGUACAAAAGCUGGCGUCCUGGGGUAGCUGAAUUAUCUUGGAAUUAUGCUGUAUGGUAAUUUAUAUUGCAAGUCUACUUAAGUAAUCUUUUCGAGUUAAAAAUUCAUUUCAGAAUCUCGGUUAACAUUUCAUGAAUCAGCACAUUUGGUUUAAUUCCAAAACGGGAUGGAUAGAACGACUAAUGUGAAGUAUUCAUAUGUGCAUAGGAAGAAAAGCAGUUUGGGAUGCAAAGAAACACAUUUCAAAAAUAAACUUAACAAGAAAACUGGUUUGGGAGAUCAAAAAGAUUUAAAGAACGAUCUUUCCGAUGUUUUUUCAAUACGUGUACCAUCGGUCGACUGAAGGUCAACCGUCGCUUAUUUAUGGCAGCCGAGUUGUAUGACAACGGAGAAAGGUUCAGUGCUGAUCCAUACAACUGAGGCUUAAAUUUCUUUUGGUGAAAUUGCCUAAAUACUACAAUUUAAAAUGUGGUCUGUUAAUUAUUCUCUUUUAGGGGACUAAGGUAAACAUGUAAACGACAUUUCUAACGCCUUUUAAUAAAAGGUUUCGGCUCGCUGAAAAUUUAUUUUCUAAAGGCCGGUGUAUUUCAGUCUUCCAAACACCAGGCAGCUUUGGAACCAUCUUAGUUGGAUGUUUAGAGUUGUGGGCAUUGGGGUAUUUGAAUGGUUGAGCAUUCUCAUAGGGAAUACCACUUUAUCCAGACAUAUUACUGAACAGGAUAUAAACAAAUGAGGAACUUCCAUCGGACAAGACCAUAGGCACAGACGGAAGAAAACUAUGAAACUUUUUAGGUGUUAGAAUAGUCGAUGCACUUCAUUUACGAAAACCAGUGCUCUAACUGAAUAAAGUGACUAUAAAAUAGGCACUUUGUUAAUCCAUUCUAUGGAAAAAGAUAAAUAAAAUAAUCGAAAAAGACAGAUUGAAUAGGCCUCACCAAACCAGGCGAUUUGUCCGCAAAAAACUCGGCUGCAGGAGACUGGGGAAGGUCUGGUUGCUAUUGUGUACAAACAAACAUAAAAUUAAGCCUCAUGCUCUUCCAUAUUUGAGCCGCAUUUCGACAAGCCUUCCUUUGUGAAGACUUUAUUGAUUAUGCCAGAUCGUCUGCCAUAUCUAUUGGCGAAAACUGCAUCAGCGAGAAUAUCGGCGCCCAGAACUUCACACUUAAUCCCAUUUGCUGUUUACACAAAAACGUAAUAUUCUAUGAUAAUGCCCCAUAGAAAAUAUCAUAUUACCAUUUCAGACAACCCCACAGUCGACUAGAAUCUGCUUUUAGAGAAAAAGUGAUGAAACGCACACUGCUUUUUAUACUAGAUGGUCAUUCUAGUAGGUACAGAGCAGAUCAAUGUGAAUGACAAAUGACUGAAAAUGUGACCGAUUAUCUUUACAUAACCAUUGGUAUGAAUUUGUCGUGCACCAAAGCCCAGAGUGCCUCUUCAUUUAAGGGUUAAGCGUUUCUGAUAGUUUUUGGCGCCGCAAGCUUUUCCACUCCCCGGGUCGACACUAUGCGUGCUUUAAAUCAUUAAAAGCACGGACUGUGUCAUUCUUCGCUGACCUUAGUAAAGACGUCGAUUACAAUUUCGGAGUAUCUGCGCUUUCCUUGCACUAUCAUUCAAGGCGUGAGAAUGUAUAAAUAUGGUCGAUUUUUACUCGUAUGUAUAUAUUGAAUAACUGAGGUAAUAUGCAUUCCCAGAUAGCAUGACGAAGAUAGAAGGCUCGCCGGAAAAGUCGAAAAUUCACGAGCACAAGUCGACUUUUUCGGAGAACCUUUUCCAUUUUUAAAGCCAAGCAUACAUUCGGGGAUUCUGCCUUUUCAGCAAAAGUUACAGAAAACUGAAACAAGCAGCGCCCAACAAGUACGCCCUGUUGCAGAAGCACAUCACAGAGGUGGCAACUCAUAUCAAAAUUCCUGAUAGAGAUUAUGGUGGAUAGGUUUGGACUCCUUACCCAGGAAAUCCGGGUGACGCCGGAGACAGGCAGAAAACUGUACUUGUCUUGAGGCAGUAUUCCUCCUAGGAUGAGUGCGCACUGACUUGUAAAGUCAGGCAGUAAUUGCCUUUAAACUCAUCCGGAAUGUUCGCCUAAUUAACUUUGUCAUCUGCGCAUCCUGAAGACUGGCUUUCCGCUUCACAAAUGAAUGCUGAAAAAGUCGACAGUAAACCGUAAAUGUCAGAUUUUACGGAUAUCGUCAGGGGCGAGAACCUUCGCAUGUGCGCACUGGAAGGAACAGAUGGACUGAGAAGACAUUUAGCUGAUUGAAUAUGAACAAAAAUACUAACAGAGCAUUUCCGUGGAGAGGAUGCCUUUAUGGCUUUCGUUACACAAAAACUUCAACGAUAGAUCUGCUUUAAAUAUGAAAUCGCUGGAGUUUAGCCUGGUCUCGGCUUUUUAAAUGGAAAGGUGAGUGCGUCUUGCAGGCCAAGGUCAUAUUCUCGAAGGGGAAGUAUCGAAAUUAUCAAUUAAAUUCACAUUAGUUACAUGGACUACAACCUGAUCAACUCAGUUGAAACGGAAAAAAGCAGUAAGCUAAGUCCUAAAGGGCGUGUUGAAGUGACGAUUUUUUAAACUGUAAAGUUCUUCUACGAGAAGACGCCCAGGUCCACGCAAGCGUAUGUUCGCGGUGUCAGGAAACAUCAUUUUGGACGCGCAGUUGUCUUCGACCGUCAAGUUUUGAACGGAAAUCCUGUCUGACGACGAUGACAAAUGCAGCCGUUGAAAAAUGAUGCUUGAAAAUACGGAGAGAAACUGUGCUGAAAGCUAGGCAGAAGCAUCAUAAAAACGCCAAGAAAGGAUCUAAAGGCGUCCCUAAUAGAAAGAUAUUUUUCCGCGAAAGUAGCCUUAUAUGUUUAGAUUAAAUGAAACAGUGUUUUUAGGACUGGAGAGCAUUUGACCAAAUGUUUUAUAAUUUUAGCAUCCAUGGUAAGUGUUGCGUCUUUUUGUUCAGCACUUAAAAUUCUCCAGAUCCCUCAUUCAAGUGCUUCCAAGUUUGCUUUCCGUUGUUAACGCUUCGCUCCCCCUUUUACACCCUUUUUGGGCACAAACUGCGUUCUUAUAACUGACUGAUUUCCUUGUCUAACAUUAAGGUAAAAAUUCAGUUUGCUGGAAUACUGACCAAGGAAUUGCCUGGCAAGGGUAUCCACUGUUGAGUACUGUUGAGUUCCUCGCAAUUUCGGCCCCUGCGUAUAUGCAUCAAAAUCUGUUUUUUUGGCUUAUACACGUCGCUCGGAAAACCGAAGAAUUCAACAGUAAUUAUUUCUUUUUUACGUUACACUGUGUGCGCGGUCAAUGUUAUGUUGUACAAAAUUAUGCCUGUUGUCAAUUCUCUGGGCUAUAGACAAGCGUGCACGAAAACUAUCUACAUUACCAUCGCUCUCUAUGGAUAACGGCAUUUGAUAAUCUGGGUUAGAAAGUCCCGCUUGGCUCAUAAAAGGAGGAGUUAAGAAGUAGUAGAAGUGAGGCAAUCAUUUAAUUGGACACGAUCUUAUGAGCAUCUUUAAAAAUGUUAUCAUUUUCGGUAUCUAAUGCAAUUCGAAAUAUGUAAUACAAUUGGGGGGCCUUUUUGACACUCAGAUUUCAACGGUUUUCAGGCCGAUUCAUCUAGGCGUUUUAAGUACCGUCUCUGUUAAGGCGUGCUACUAAAAAAUAUAUGCAUGCGGGUUGUCUAGUUGCCCCAUUAGAUCUGCCCAUAGCCAAACUGGGAUUCUUCAUUGACAUGCAUUGGCGAUAUGAGUUUACGAGACUUGAACUAAAGAAAACAAAUAUUGGGUGGUCUCUUCCUACUGGCUUAAAUUCAACGUCAAUAGGGCACAGAUGUUGCGUUACAGAUACACGUUUAGGAGCAGGUUAGGUUCAAAACAGUAGACGACUUGAUAAACCCAUUUUAAAACAGAAUACUUACAUAAUAUAGGAACUUGUAGACUUACAGUACUUGACCUCUCUCAUAAAAUCUGAUAACGGAAACUGAUGCGAGAAUUUCUGGACGUCUUUAACAUUGCGCAUUUUGUCCGCCCAUUCAAAUCCUUCAAUGAAAUGUCAUUUUCUUGUGCAGAAAUUAUAUUUCUACUUUCAUAUUUACCACGUCUUUGGUAUGAAAAUACAUUCUACAUAUCUGAAAACGAGGUUUACUAAAUUAGGGCUAUUUCUGGCGUUUUCAGAAUACUGCGCUUUUCAAAAUAAAUCGGCAUUUCUAAACAACUCAACCGUGCCUUUAAUAUUUCUUUCAUGUUUUUCAUUCUUUUACAUCUGUACAUAAUGAACAUAGAAAUUAGGCUCAUGAAAUGGUGUCGAUUUGCGAGUGAUCGGCAAGCAUCCGUAAAUUUUGGCACAUUUCAUGAGUUAGGUCACUAACUGUUUAUGUACAUCUACAGACACCAGAGCUCCAGUAACAGGGAUUAGCUGCAAAUACAGUGAGCGACCGAUUUCCUGAAAUGUUGGCUGACGUUCCGAAAUGUGUUUUCGAUUAGGAAGAAAUACCUAGGCGCGAUUGUAAUACUGGUUAUCUUGCGACAUAAUCCUUUAAUAUUUCGGAUUCAGAAGGAUGUCAGCUUUUGAAUGCACCGCUUUUCAGUGGUCUUGCAAAUUCAAGUAUAGUUUAUAGAAACCACGAACAAAAACAUGCCUUCUUUCAGUGCUUUGGUAGAGAAUCACGUCAUAUUUCUGUUUUAUACUUGAAAAAGGAGUAUAAUUAGGUUUCAAAAACGUUUUCUAAUUCCCGAGUAAUUUGAAGCCUGAUCAGUUGUUGCAUUAGCGCCUAAUGUUCCAGUCUACAAGGUGCAUAGGUUCCGCGUAAAGAAAAUCAAAUAUUGUUUUAUGCCCGUAAAAAGAUACUAUAUGGAGAUUAUGAAAUUUUGCAAUGGAUGCUGACCAUGUUGUACAUGUCGUGAGGGGCAGCGGUAAACGAGCAGGUACGAUGCCGUUUGAGUAGACAUUGCACGGUCUUAAAAAUCUCAUAAUUAGAAACUUUUUUAAAAUCGAAUUUUACGCUUUCUUCGAGUAUAAAACACAAAUAUGACGUGAUUCUCUACCAAAGGACUGAACGAAGGCAUGUUUGUGUUCGUUGUUUCUACAAAAUAUGCUUGAAUUUGCGAGAUCAUCGAAAAUCAGUGGAAGAUAUGCAUGCUACAUGAGCAGCCAUUUUUACCCAGUACGGUUUUUACAGGAUAUUGAAAAGUGGUGCACUCGAAAGCUGACAUCCUACUGAAUCCGAAGUAUUAUAUGUCGCAAGAUAAUCAGUAUAAUAAUCGCACCUAAGUAAUCCUUCCUAAUCGAAAACGCACUUCAGAAUUUCGGCCAACAUUUCACGAGAUUGGCCACUUUCGGUCUUUAACACUUCCGCACGGCUCUUUGAAUCUAUACGUACUAUGUUCCACUGUUUUUUAUACUGUUAUUAGUUUACCUAGCACUAAAUCGCGUUCUGCGGAGUGGCACCGGACUGUGCGAGGGAGACGGGUGUCAUGAUGAAUAAAUAUAUAAACAAAUAAACAUCAGUAAGUAAGAGAAGGCGAAAGGUUUGCAGUUCGUUGCAUGUACUGAAAUUCCUCACCCCGGCCAUAGCUGAAUACUCUGCCCCACCAAUUCCAUUUAAAAUCGCCUAACAACAACCGUACUGCUAGAAAGCUAAAGUUCAAUAAAAUACCUCAAAAAUCUUGACACCAUAGAAUCUUUAAGUUUUCAGUCAAAACCGGCAAAGCACUCAGGUGUCCGGUACCUUGAGAAACAAUAGUCAAGGUUUAGUAUUUAUAGUUUUACUCCUUGCAGCCUGAAGAUGCAAAAAAGAGGAUACGCAGGAAUUUUAAUACGCCCCAGGUAGAAAGGGCAGUAGUUUCAUUUUAAUACUGUUGAUAUUCGCAAUAGAACUUUCCCAUUAGACGCCAUCAUGGAGUAAAAUACAAAAAUCCCCUCAUAACCAAACUAAAGGCACCAACUGUCGGCACUGAGGGCUGUUAGGCCCGUGCGUCAGUUUUUCAUUCUAACCCUUAUGCGUCUAGGCACUUGAAAAAAACAGGCCAGGGAGUAGAUUAAGAGACUACGAACGCGCCAAAGUUCUACAGAAGGUGUGGUGGUACUUGCCUAGGGGAGGAGAAAAAGGUCCCAUCGUUGUCAGGCUAGACUGAAUCAAAUGCGUUCUUUGCUGAAGAGUUCGACCAGCGACACGUCCGACCAGACGAGGAUGUUGACAGGGAAAAAGAAGGCGGUGGUCAAACUAACUUUCUUCAGGAGACGUCCUUUUUAAUGAGACAAGAAAGGUGACAAGACGGUCCCGAGGGAGGAGGGAAAAAAGGGGUGUAAAUAGGGAUUGGAUAGUAGUGCAAACAACGUAAGUGUGAAACUAAGGUCACUGUAGCCUGCAAAUCCUGGCAGACAGACAAGAAAUGACUGGGCGGUAAAAUGACACUUGGAAGAGAGAAGUUUUUUCAGGGUGAAAUUUGAGUGCUGCACUAAUCCGGAAGUGGCAGAGUUCGCAAUAGUACCGAAAAUUGGUAGAGGGGCGCUCACCGAUUGUUCCUACGGAACUCACUCGUUCCGUUGUGCCUUACGGGCUCUCUCUCGAGCCCAACCAGCAGCCGCACAGCGGCACAUGAUAUAAGCAGUAUGUUAUUACCGACAAAGACAAGGGAGACAGGAAUGGUUAUUUCCGGCUUAUUAGCCGUCGUCAGCCAGUCAUACCCAAUCGCGAAGUGGGGAACACCUGUGAAUCGAUCCCUCGACCUGUUAGUUAGAUGUCCAACGUCUCUAACCACUAAGCCACGGGCCCGUUGUCCUGUCGGUUUCGAUCGGGAAUAUGCAAUGAUAAGCGUCCCCUACUAUUAUCUUUGUUGGUAAUAACAUACUGAUUUUUCGUUAUUCGCUGGGAGACCGCUCUUACUGACAGCAUAAACAACAUUUGCAUUUAGAAACUAGAAUUGAAACCGUCAGGCAUUACUGAAAAAGGUGGCUAUUAUACUGGCUAAGACCGAUGCCUGAAUGCCAUGUGAAAUCGUAAAUCUGACGUAGACUAUUUUUAUUCCUACAGAAAUUCGAUUGCUCCUUUCGUGAUGGAGACGUUACCUACUACCACGAAGGCAAUCCCCUCCUGAAUUCAGACACUGUUCGAGUCACAAUCUUCUUCUUUCGGAACAACUACUCAAUCAUUCAGACUGCGGACAUCGCGGUGGACAUAAUCGAUCCACGCCAAACAAAAACGGUAAACUUGACCGUUGAUGGGGGUCCCGAAAGUUCCUUCAAGAAGGUCGAUGGAAGCAGCCCCAAGCAAUCUCGGCUCUCUGGCCCACAGGAACUGCAUGUGGAACAUGUUAAGGCUCUCAGUGAGGCCAUCGACCCAGCUGCUCUGCAGAUUCUGUACGUCAGACCAUCUCCCACAUAGCAAGUGUGGUUCCUUUAAACGAGGUAUCGACUGCUUUUCGGAGGAAGUAAAUUUUUGGGAAAAAAAGGUUAAUCAGUUAGAAUCGGAAUAAAAAGAAUUCAACAUCUGCUAAAGCACAAACUAUAAAUGUUGCGUAUGUCACGUAUGGCACGAUCCACAGUCUUCUGACAGUUAAGUGGCGUCCUUCUCUAUUCCGUCGCACUUUCUAAUUGUGAAAUGUUUUAAUACUGUAAAACAGUCGUUCAUAAAACAUCACGUCUCUGCAUUUACUAAUAUGGCUUGUAAAGUUUUUAAUAUAGCUCAAAUUCUCUGUUAAAUUUUAUGAGCCCCAUAUGGUCUCCUCUUAAUACCGUAGAAAAAUGUAUGGUUUUCCGUACGCGGAAAAUAUACGACUUAUAGUUUUAAAACCCCGAAUGCAAGUGUAACGGCAGGUCGGGCCCAAAAUUAACCGGGAAUGAAAAAAAGUUUUUGGAAACACCGAAUUAUACCCUUCCUGCAAGUAUGAAAUUGGAGGACGACGUAAGGUUCUAUCAAAUGAGUAGAAAAAUGAAUAUUUUUAUGCAUGUUUUCCAUGAAAUAUUAUUGUAUAUUUAAGGGCAUCAAAAAUCAACGAGAAAAACGUAUGCUAAUCGAGUAGUCAUUUUUUACAGAGUAUAGUUUUUUCAUGCGGCCGGAAAGAAGUUCGUUCAAAAGCCGACAGUCUGAUGUAACUGAAUUCUUAUGGAAUUAUGCCGCAGGCUGAAUAGUUUGACAACCCUACUUAAUUAAUCUUUUCGAAACGAAAACGCAUUUCGGAAUUUCGGUCGGCAUUUCAUGAGUUAGUCCACCUACUGUACUCUUACAUUUUAUAUGUAGCAAGAUUUUCCUUCACAACAACGUCAUACGGAACAGAAGCCGUUUUAGAUAUAGGUUAUACGAUGAAUUAGGAAAAUGCCUGUCUGCCGUCGACAGCUGGGCGUGGGUCAAUUUUUGGCUGGGCAUCUGAAAUUUGCGUUCGAGUCUGCUGUUCAGUAACCACUUCUGCCAACCACUCUUCCAAUUUGGCCAUGGGCGUACGUCUGUCCGUUGCGAUCAGAAAUGUUCCCGGUUGCUUGGAGAUCAUCUUUUGUCCCGCAACAGGGACUCAGCAGUAUUGUACGAGGCCGAAAAGAGAAAAGCAACCUGUAAGGUAAAAGGAAUGUCGGCAUAGUCGAGGAGAACGGCAUUUCCAGCCAGACAAAUGUCAUCAGUAAGACGUACAGUAUGUGGGCUAACUCAUGAACGGUCAUUUCAUAGUAUUAAAAAUCUCACAAUUUUAAAUUUUUUAAAACCGAACUGUACCCUCUAUUUGAGUAUAAAAUUGGAAGAUGACGUAAUUUCCUACCGAAUGAAUAUUUUUAUGCAUGUUUGUUCAUGAAAUAUUAUUGAAUAUUUAAAGACACCAAAAAAUCAAUGAGAAAAAUGCGUGCUAAUUAAGUAGUCAUUGUUUACAUAUAUAGUUUUUGUAUGCAGCCAGAAGGACGUUCGUUUGAAAACAGGCAUCCCGACGUAACUGGAUUAUUGUAGAAUUACACUGCAGACUGACUAGUUUUACAACCCUACUUAAUUAAUCUUUUCGAAGCAAAAACGCAUCUCGGAAUUUCAGUCGGCAUUUCAUGAGUUAGAACACCUACUGUAGUCCAGUCUCAGUCCAUGGAAGAUUAAGCCUUCAACUUGGGCCAGCUGAUGUCGAAAUAAAAGAGUGGUGAAAUCACUCUCUGCCGCCUGCAGUAGUAUGUCCUCCCCGUUCUUCAUUGUGUUACGACCCGUGCGAGCUCUAGUUUAGAUCCUUAGGGAAAAACAGGAUCGCUUCUCAUUUUACCUUGAAGUAAGACCAAAUCACAUAUGAUUGUUCAUACGAGGCUUGAUAAGUGGGUGUUUAAGCAGCUUUAAUGUGAACCAGUCUUAAUUCUGAAUAAAACAAGCAACUUACCACAAAAUGACUCAAACCAACAAGUUUUUCUUAUAAGCUCUUCCUGGAGAAACUAACUAGACUCUAAUAUGCGUGAAGAAUGAGAGAAACGUGUAGAUAGCCAAAGUACAGCUUCAGCUGUGUGUAAGGCCGAUAUGGGGUGUUGAAUGUUGAUCGGUCAGAAGUGAUGAUAACACGGCGCUUGUGUCACCCCGGGUUCCGCAGAAAAGUCACUAGGUGUAACCAAUUCUUUUCCACUUCUCUCACUCGCCCAUGAGGCCUACUGUAAAUUGUGUCUUUUUUGUUGCUGGUGCAUACAAAAAUAUUGCUGAUUUUUCAUUCCCGAUAGGAGAGUAUGCCAGACAAUAUAAUACAUAUUACUAAUAAAAAGUUGACCUUGAAGGGAGCCAGAAUGCUAUGCUAUAAAUCUCGGUUAGGCCCACAGAAAAAGCAAACUGUCCGAAAUUUCAAAAGGUUAUCACCUGGUGAUGCAAACUGUAGAAAUGGGAGAUCAUACAAAGAAAACGCAUUUUCUCUGAGACAAACUCGCUCCGUUUGUCGGCAUGGCAUACGAAACUUCGAGUCUACAGCUGGAAUAAAAUUUUAUAGCUUCAGAAAUCACAUAACGCGUUGCGCUACUUUUAUGGAAUGGAAUUACUUGUUUUAUUCGCCGCAUUCUUUCUCGCUUGCUUUUAGCUACGAUGCAGACAAAGAGGACUGUCGCAUUUCCUACACCAGCCCCGAGUUGACACUCAAUGCGCCCACCGAAAGAGCCCUGGAGCAAAUCAGUGGGCAUCCCUAUCAGACAUUCUGGUGGGAACCGAAUGCCGGUCUCUGGAGUCCCCGUAUGGGACGGCCGCUGGCCAGCGGCGCUGCUAUUGGUGGAAGUCGCCGAUGGCCGCUCUUCGGCCAGGUUGUGGCCUUCAAUCGGACCGAUGUUAAGCACUUUGAUCAUGAAUGUCAGGAGGGUCUACUGAAGGGCUACAGGUGAGAGUACAUUGCGUCCAAUCCUUUAAUUCGCCGUAUGUGACAUAAUUAUUAUUCAUAGAAUAUAAUUAUAAAACCUCAGUUCUUUUCUUCGUUAUAAUUGACCUCUGAAACUCCCGGUCCUCGUUCUUCCUCCACGCCCUACAUAGGCGAAUUGAUGUUUCACAUCGUUUUGUGGGUGAUUAUGUAUCCUUUAAAUUCAUUUCCCAGGACGAGAUAGCGCUUCGGUUUUAACAAAAUUUGCUAAUUGAAGUAGGUCUUUAAGUACGAUUCAUUUUACAACUUCGACUUGGGCUUUCCCUUAGUAAAAAUCACUUAGUUCCUUAUAGCUCCCGAAAAAGGCUUUUUGGCAUCCACAAAAUAUGAUAAUAACUACGGCGCACCCCGCAUAACUCUAAGAUUGCCGUAUGUGCAGACAAUUUAUCAUGCAAAUAACUCCGCCAGCAUCUGGAAAAUUUUCAUAAUUAAACCCUGGAAGGGAAUCUAACCUUCCUCCCGAAUAGACAUUUGAACAAAAACCGAUUAGGUUACGUGGCAAAGAAUCAGGAUGUUUUUGGGAGGCCUGAUUGAAUUACCAAGAGGUUAAAAAAGACUUGGAAUUAAAAGUACAUUAAAGGGCUCGGCCAGUGACUCGUGAAGCUCGGAGACUACUAUUUUUUCAUGACAUUCAGAACUUCCCGUUAAUCCUUCCUGUAACUGUGCAGCACGUCCAGCCACGACAACAAAAUUUCCACUUUUCCAAGAAAUAUGCAAUAAAUUGCAAUAAAGUAGGUAAGGAAAUAUCCUCAAAUGAUAAAAGGUUCUAAUACAUGCGAAUGAGUUGAUUGGUAGUGCCAAUAGGGGUAGACAGGUGCUUCGUCGAACAAGAGCCGUGCAGUAGAACAAAUAUUUUGAAUUGAAAAAUAAUCAAGGGGCUCAAACCUUGCAUAAAAAGCUGCUAUGCGUGCCAUGGGGUUUCGAUCUGUUGUAAAAGAAAAUUCAUUAGUUAAUGUAAGGCAUGUACCAUGAGGAUCGGCUCUUCCGUACUUUCAUGAUAAGAAGAGUUCUAAGGAGUCACAAAUAAUCGAAAAAACACAUCGGCUGGAAUAAGAGGAAACAGUAAAACUGUAGCACGUAACUUACAGUAGGAUAAAUGCAUGUUGAAAAACUGUAAAACCACCGUUUUAAUCUUUAGAGGCGCUUAAAUUAAGUUGACCAGAUAUUUUGCCGACUUCGUACCGAUUCCAAUAGAUGGCGAAAGUUAACACUAACAACAUUAGUGCAUAAACUGACAUGUGCUUUCAGAGCCUCUGAAUGCAAAAGGCGAUUUCUUAGUCUAGGUGUUUAUAGUGCUUGAUGGGAGGAAUAAAUCUUUCCCGCCCUCAAACCUCCUUUAAGUCAUCUGACGUUUCAUUUUCCUUCUUUUACUUCGCUUCUUUGCCAAGAAUAGGUAAAUACCAGACAAAAUGUACUUCGACGAUUAGGUUGUAUAUGAUCUUCCAUUUCCAGAUUUUCUGGCUUCAAUGUUCUCGCCUUCCCAAUCUUAAUAGUUAAAAUCCUGCCUUGAGACACACUUUUGUUUAAAAAUGCCUCUGCACACAUACUCCCCAAAGCCUCGAUCAGACGCAUUCAGACCUUUAUUGCAAUAAAAUAACUUGUAUAGGAAAUAUUUAUCUUAUUUUUGGAAGGCCCAGCUGGACUUUUAUUUCGCCUUGACUGGAUGAAUCUGGGGGUUGCAAUCACGAACACAAUGAAGUUUUAUUAAUUUGUCCUGAAAGUAUGAACUUGUGUUUAAAACGCGAAAGAAACCCUUGCCUUCCUGCAAAAAUGCACGUACCUGGAUUUUGAGACUAUGAACGACUACCAUUAUUUCCACGUAAUAGAAUCGAACAUCGUCAGUUAAGAAUAUUUGGUAUGAUCGUUUCCAUUUUCGACAGGUUUUUUUCUUUGAAAAUUGUCGAUUGGACCGUCGAAAAUGUGUCUUAUAACGUUUAUAAGUGCGAAGUUAACCGCAUAUUCUGUCAUGUUUAACGGUUGUACCACAUUUGCUAAGGAAAUACAACACAAGCCCUUAUUCUCUUCCAUAAAAGAAAAGAUAAAUGUAACAACAGGGUUUUUGUUAUUGGUUUCUUGUAGGUUCUUUUAGCUUCAGUUGUAGCCUUUGCGCAUCACAAUAAGCAAAUCUAUAAAAAAAAUAUGACAGAUACUUAUGCGACCCUGCCCUAUUGUAAAACGUUCACAGUGUAGCCAAAACGCAGCAUGGUUUGGCGAAAACAUUGCUUUUAUGCAAUGAUUUAUGGAGACCUCUGUUGCGACUGAUCGAUGCUAUGUUUUUCCGUUCUCCUGCUCGAAGGUUUUAAGAACGUCAUGACCAGCUUUUGCGCAGUGAAGGCCGCUCAUGAUUCAGGAGCUGAUAAACACAGUAGGCCACCAAAAACUAAGCUGUUAUUCACCCUCUCUGGACAUCUGGAAAUGUGUUUAUGCAAUGUUUUUGUCCUUAUUGUACACCUUUCGUAUGGAUUCAUUGGACUCUGUGGUCAGUUGAGAUUAUUUACUGCGUAGGACAGAAAUCUGGCUAUUCUUCAGCAUAAAAGGGCAUAUCAUAUGAUUCAAUAUUUGAGUGUAUCCAUAUGCCCCACAGAGAUCGCAGCCAAUCGCUGCACUUCUCACGACUAGAAGCGAGAAUGCGAAUCCCAGGUUCGUGCUGUCGUUAGCGAAGUCCACAGUCGAACGCUUCUCAUAUGGGCGUUGCUUAUGCAAUGAUAAAUGAGUCUGUUCUAUUGUCUUCUGCAUUCAUUAGUGAGAAACCAUAGUUAGAGCGGAUAACCGUUCAAUAACAACUGCUCGCCUUUGUAUAGUUUCUCGCUGCCUGUCGAACGCAUGCGUCUCAGGCUAUAGCCAGGACUUUACCGCCUGGAGGCAUGAGCGUAGAGUGGUAUAUGUUGUUUUAUGAAGUAUUGGAAUCUUUCACCAUGGCAUGGAACAACAAGUGGUGACAAUGGCUUAUUUUUCUGAGGACGCAGUAGAAUAUAGUGACCGAGCCCCUCUACUCCCUUCUACCUCUUUGGCACGAUAUUUUUUGUCUGGUUGCAGAAGAAAGUCAAGAAAAAGUCAACAAAACUUCCUAUUCAUUCUUUUGGUAGAAACCGCAAAUGCCACCGUCCUCUAUUCAUGCAGUCUGCCACGGACUUGUGGAACGUCAGUUUUAAUUUGUGUGCCAUGGGCAGAUUUUAUGUAGAUGAAAGGUCUUAGUCAUUUGCGAACUCACAACCAAACUUGUUGUCAACUUGCAAAUGUAGAUGCAAAAUAGCAUUGUUCGUGAAUCUCAAAUCGAGGGGUUACCCCAAAAUAAUAUAUUUCUUUCGAGAUGCUCGCGCAACGAUGAACCUGAGCGAUAAUUAACAUAGACAGACAAAGCGGAAAGUAGGUUCUUGGAAGAAAUGAGCUUAUUUCUCCAGGGCCAAAAUGUUCACGAUAGACCAAUAGCGAAAAGUUGGCAGUCAGUUAUAGUAAAUUAAUCAUCUUUUCGAAACACCCAAAAACUGGACAGUUAAAGAACACAUUUCACCAGAUACGUUUAGUUGUGUCCUCAGAAAGGUGGACGAUUUGGCCAAGAAAGAAGAAAAUUAUCUCGAAAAUGACCCGGCUUAUUGGUCUAGAAUUUUUAAGAUUCGUCUGACGGAAAUUGUUAUGGUUAAAUUAAAAAUGUCCUCUAAACCUGUUCUCCAGCACAUGGUGUGGCCCAGUCCUAGGUGUACUCAGAUAACCCUCCCAAAAAAUACUCUGGCUUCUUUUUGCAAGCGAUCGAUCUUCUUGUUUUAAUCUUUUUUACCCUAAUUUACUUUAGAGAUCUAGUUUCGUGAUCUGAACCAAUUCGAUUGGAUUUUUGAUCUCAGCCAAAUGGGUCCUGGUGAUAGGCAUGCCUAUAACUAUUCAACUAGUGAAUAAGUUGAAACGGAAUUUUCCUAACUUUUCUGGGCGACUUCACCAGGGAAACAAACUACCCUAUACGCGUACCAGUGGAGACCAUAAAGAACUACUUACGCGAUGUACACAGAAUGUCCAAUUCCUCUGCAGCGGCUAGCUAUAUAGGCAAAUAGACGAUGUGGCAAUGGGUUCAGCGCUUGGACCGUUUAUCGCAAAUGUCUUCAUGGGCAAGGACGAGAAAACGAGUCUCAAGGAUACAAUUAAUGACCUUAAAUUCUACGGUCGAUAUGUGGACGAUAUCUUUUGCCUGACGAGUCAUACCACCGACAUCAAUGGCCUUGUUCGGAAGUUUAACGGGGCGCACCCAUCUCUGAUGUUUACCGCAGAGACCAAGGCGAAUAACGAGAUUGCGUUCCUUGAUGUCCUUCUGCGCAGACAAGAGGAUGGAUCCGUCCAGCGCAAGAUAUUCAGAAAGAAAACCUGGACGGGACAAUACAUUAAUUUUCACAGUUUUGUCCCCUUAAAUCUAAAACCAAAUUUAGUCCAGGGACUGGCGGCUAGAGUGCGACGCAUCUGCCCUCCUGAAAAUGUUGAAGCAAAACUCCAGCAACUGUAAAACACGCUCCGAGAACGACUCAUCCUCCAGAAUAUUAGAGAGCGUGUCACAAAACCUGCCGUUGCGACUGCAGAGCAGAAAUACUUAUUUCUAAGACUGCCUUUUCUAGGGGACGCAGCAAGCGAAUUAGCGAGACGACGUCUUAGGACAGUUCUCGCGAGUGCCUUCGCCGCGGCGAACUUGCGCGUAUUCUUGGCAAAUUCCCCCCCUAUUACGGUUGGGGGCAAAUACCGGCUGUCGUUACAGGUCACAUCCAUGUGUAUUUAUUCAUUCACCUGCUCCUGUGAAGAAGGAUAUAUUGGGCGUACAACUAGGCGUCUGGAAAAUAGAAUACGCGAACACAUGCCUGCCUGGCUAGGUAUAGGUGAAAAUCGAUCGAUUUCGAGUUCAAGUCUUGCACAUUUAAUCGAUACGAACCACCAAGCCGACAAUAAAGAAGCCUUUAAAGUUAUCUACCGGGCAUCGGUGCACUACCCUAAAGGCCUGCGCAAACGGGCGCUAGCCACAGCCGAAGCAGUGGCCACUCGACUAGCGAACCUAGCACUUUGUUGUCAGAAGACGCUGACACAAGCAGUCUGUCUGCCCUGGCCGACUCCAGACGAUGAUCGCUCGCCGUCUCGACGCCCUGAGAGCAGUCACACGCACUCACAGCGCUUACAAUCUAACCGGAACCCUCCCCCUUCCCCCCCCCCCCCCCCUCCGACCCCAACUCCUCGUCCUCAACACGCUGACUCCGUCAUGCGUGCGGCUUGCGAACAUGGAGUCCGAUCAACCCUGCCCCUGAGACACAUUGAUGUCCCGUCCACAAUCAAAAAGAUCAUUACCCAUGUAAAUGUAUUAGUCUGGAGACGAGUUACCGAGGUCAUAGAAAUGCUGUAGUAAGGCGGCUACAACGCUAAUUAAGUAGGCAAGUUAAUAUCUGAUUAGAAUGCUCAGACUAUUUUAACCAGAGACCUCACGGUUUGUCGGGGACGAUGAGGGUUAUUCGGCAUAGCUUGGGGAUAGGGUUAUUCUACCAUAACUAAGCAAAAAUAACGUCCCAAUAGUAGGAGAACGGAUCCAAAAGAGGAAAUUUAGCUCAUGGCUUGUGAGCAUUUUCCUUCUUAAGCACGGACAGUGAGGCUUUAGGACGACCUUGACGUUUCAAAAAUUGCAUUCUUUGAAACUAAAAACUGUUUCGACUUCAGAGAACCAACGCUUCAAUAAACUUGGAAGCCGACUGAAAGCACUCGCGGAGGGAAUAAAAAUGUUGGCAUAUCCAGAGCCAGAACCUCAAGGCCUCCUUGAUUACACGAGCACUAAUAAUACAAAACUUGUGGACUACGAGAUGAAAGUGCGAAGUUUUGCCCUGAAAAACAAGGCAGAAACAAACGAAGAUUUGAUCUCCCCAAGAGAAGCCGUUCAUUUGUUUGUCCUUUCUGAAGCAUGCUGGAGUCUGAGGACCGAAAAUAUUUUCACUGCUGUAGGUUAUAGAAAGGUCAAUCACCUAGCUAGAAAACACGUGGCCUAGAUGGGGUGGUUUACAUAACAACAGGAUUGGUAGCAGAAUGCUAGUCCCGGUUGUUGGAUAACACAGACUAACUGGAGUACUGACGCAUUCUAACGGAACCUCUGUUUGCGUCCUCAAGCCUGUGUCCUUCUUUGUUGUGGGUGAUACCGCACCGUCUUACACGCAGGCUAGAGGUCUAUCCGGCGAUUACUUUUGUUAUCACCUAAAUACCGGAAUUUCCGCAGUUCAGAAAUCGCAGAGCACCGCCGUCCCUGCACCGGUAAAUUUAAAGCGUCAACCUGUUUUAUUGCAUGACACGCGCCUUGUGAUAACUGCUCACCGCGCAUCACCACAGCCUUGCCCUUCUGCAUUCCUGGUCAAUUCCGGUCAGUUUAACCCUUAAAAUUUGCGAGAAAAACAGUCACUUAGUGCGAUAUACGUUGGGUGACGUGGCGUACCCCUUUGGCUAUUGACACAUCUUUUACGAGGGGCAAGGAAUGUCAUGACUUAGUCGCCUCUAAUGCUCAUGGUUUGGACUACAGGGCUCGUUUGAGGAGGUUUUAGUUUCCGAUAGGCUGAAUGCUGAGAUAGUGGGUCGUCUCGAAGAGCACAGAGCAUUUCGACCAUUGCAUAUGACGCCUGCAUACGGCGCCGACUGUUAUCAUUGGGUGAUUAGUUUUUCUUCUAAAGAAUAUAUUUGAAAUAUUUGAAACGUGUUUAUUUGUAGGUUGCUGUCGGUUUCCUUGUUACCGAAAGUUUUUAAACGCCCUCGAGUAAGCCCUCCACUGAUGACAAACUAACAUAAUAAAUGUAUCGCGGCAAAGACAGAUACAGUCGAUUUAUCUAUCUUUCUUAAAAGAAAAGCGUUACCGCAAGUAUGCACUUAGUGUUACCUUGUUUAAUUUGCGUGAAAAUUAAUGCGCGAACCUGGAGUAAAUCUUUCGGAACGAACCCCUCCAGGCAUCCAUCCAUCCAUCCAUCAGCUACUGCCGAAUAACCGCGUAAUAUUCACAAUCCACCAACAGGCAGCCAGUAGCAUAUAAUUAUGUAGUAAUUUACCGUAAUAACAACACAAGUGGCCGAGGGAUUUCAGCUCAAAUAGUCAUAUCAAAUUUUGCACCGUGACUGAAAAUGUCUACUCUGAAAAAUUUACCCCAAGUUGGCGCACCAAUUUCCUCGGAAAUAAAACAAGGCAAGUUGAAACUGGAGUUUAUUUACCAGAAAACACACGGGAAAGCUGGGGAACCCACUGAUGAGCCAAACCCCUCGCAGCGGCAUAAGAUCGGCGAAACACGCGUGUCUGGGCUUUUAGCUAAUACCUGUGUUGUAAGUAGGUAAAUAAUUACACAAUUAUGUACUUAGUGUGUUUGAACGCUUAUAAUUCUGAAACAUCGAUCUAUGUUUCGUUUCAAAACAGGUUCUAGUUUUGGUUAUUUAUGAUAAUGCUUUAUUUUAAUAUUAAACGGUUGAUGGUUAUUUAUGCCUUGAUGAUCACUUAUAGCAUCUUUUCUUUCAGAUAUCUCCACAGGAAGACGGAUAGCCCGGGAACCGACUACAUUCCUAUUCAAAUAACCAUCUGGAAACGCUUGCCGGACGGAAAGCGUCAGUUAGUCCAACGAGAAUCCAAGUAUCUACCGGUAAAAAUCGCUGGAGCGCGACCACUGACACCGCCGACCAUUCGCGUUUUCCGUCAGGUUAGUAGUAACCUCAGCUAG